ACCCGUCCGAAUGUCUCUUCGACACGCCCUUUACGCUCCCAGACGGCGGAAACGCCUCAUUCUAUACAAACGACUGCGAAGGCGUCGUGGAUCUUCAUUUCAAGAUCAUGGCAGACAACGGCAUCAGCGGCGCUUUCAUGCAGCGUUUCUACGGCUACAUCAACGAGGCCAACGGGGGCUGGGUCAACAUUCUCAAUUACACGAAGACAGCGGCGGAGAAAUACGGACGAGGGUUCGUGAUAGAAUACGACCUUAACGGCGCCGCCACAGCCUCGACGAACGUAACGAGCACCUUCCUCGCCGACCUUGCGGCUCUGAAUUAUAUAAUAUCGUCUCCGGCAUAUAUGCACCAUAACGGGAAGCCCGUCCUUGAGAUAUGGGGCUUCGGUAUCGUCACAGAGGUCACCGUCGACGACGGGAUAGCGAUAGUUACCGCACUUAAGAACGCCGGCUGGUACGUGAUUCUAGGUGUACAACAGGCGUGGCACGCGGAGCUAGCGGCGAACCAACCGGGCGGAUACGGACCAGUGUAUCAACUCGCCGACAUGCUACAACCUUGGACCGUCGGCGCUUACGACAUCAAUAGUUACGAUAGCUUCCACGACGGGCGACAGGCUGUCGAAGACGCCGACGCGUUGCGGGAUCUGGGAAUAGAGAGCAGCAUUGUUGUGUGGCCCGGAGGAUCUAGCAGCAAUGCGAACCCAAGUGAGACGUUCGACCACUUUCCAAGAUGGAACGGGACGUUCUAUCAAAAGCAACUGGAUGGCGCGGUAAACCUGAAGCCUAACUUUAUAUUUGGCGCCAUGUUCGACGAAGUGAAUGAGGGGACUGCGAUAUUGCCUCUGCUGAGGAAUAACGAGCUCCCUACCAACCAGAGAUUUCUGGGUAUCGAUGAUGACAUGGAGCCCGACGCUUAUGUAAAGAUGGCCGGGGAGGCGGUGCCAAAACUUGCUGCGGCCUGGCAGUAAUUUAGGGGUGCCGUGACACGCUCCGUUAGUAGUAUGUAUUGUAUGUAGGAAAAGAAUAGGGGGUGAAUUG